AUGACAUACACUGAAACACUUAAAACACUUAUUGGAGAUUAUGAUGUAUUCUUACCAAUAUUAUUCAAACAUUUGUACAAGUGUGGAUUACCAGUUGAUCAACUCGAAUCUGAUCAUAUUUGCUAUAGAGUGUCAUCACAAGAAAACUAUGAUACCAAGAAAGAAGCAUUCCUCAAAGAUGGACAUGAACUAUUGUCAGAGGCCGUCAUCAAUGGUCGUCCCAUUUGUACGUUCAAGUUGCAACAACCAAUCGUUUGGAACUACACCAAUGCCGCCGGUCAACAACAAACAAGACAAAUCCCAUUGGUCGAACUGCCAUCACCCAAGCCAUCCAAGCCACAAGUAGACGGUCUCGAACACGUUGAAUUUGUCACCACCCAAGAAUUCCAAUCAUUUAUCGACCAAUACGAUGCCCAAAUCAAGCAACACGGUGGUGCCAAAUGGAUAUUGGCUGCUCUCAAAAAGGAAAUAAACGCCGACGUAGAGGUGGAAUGUGAAUUGACCAAAGAAGAUAAAUUAGCUCUCAACCAUCCAUCCGACUCUAUCGAUCAACGUAGAACCUUUUCUGCAAAGUUCCAUCACGAAUCAUUGGAAAAGGUAAUUGAAUAUGAAAAGGCCUUAGAAUUAGAAGAACAAAAUAAAUCAAAAUACUAA